AAUUUUCACGGUAACGGUUAAUCUCAAAGUUUCCUGAAAAUCGUCAAAAAAGUAAAUCAUAGACAAAUACUAUUUAUGUCCGCCAUUCAUUCUUUUGAGUUGCUUUUUCGUUUUACGAUUCCGUAGAGAGCACGAUUUGUCAUCGAGAUCUACGCAACACCAUUGCUUAGAAUUAAUUACGUAGAAGCAAAGAAAACAAGCGAGCUUUCGCAUCCACGUAUCACCAAGACCAACAAAGUUUAGUGAAAUAUUCUCUUCUGACACUAGAUCAUAUCUUUCUACCAGUGAUGCUUCUCCUUGCCUUAUACGUUGUUGGAUGCGACGUUAACUCGAGUGCCUGAUGGUGUGGGAAUUAUGUGCGAUUAAAGGAACAACAAAGACGGACUCAGAAUGGGAGCCUUUUUGAACAAACCCGAGACUAAGAAAUACAACGAGAGCGGAGAAGGUAACGGUCUACGAUAUGGCGUGGCGUCAAUGCAGGGUUGGCGCGUGGAGAUGGAAGAUGCCCAUCAUGCUCAGCUCACUUUAAACGGCACGCUGUCCGAUUGGUCUUAUUUUGCGGUAUUCGACGGACAUGCAGGAGCGCGGGUAUCGGCGCAUUGCGCGGACAAUCUAUUAGAAUGUAUCUUACAAACGGACGAGUUUCGGCGGGAGGAAAUAGCCGAGGCUAUAAGAGCUGGGUUCCUGGACCUAGAUAAAAAGAUGCGUGAGCUGCCGGAGCUGUCUAACGGCGGGGAGAAGUCGGGUUCCACGGCGGUGUGCGCUUUCGUUUCACCCAAGCAGAUAUACAUAGCGAACUGCGGUGACUCUCGCGCAGUGCUAGCUCGGAAUGGAGCACCGAUAUUCGCAACUCGCGAUCACAAGCCAGAGUUGCCGUCAGAAAAGUCGCGUAUAGUGCAAGCCGGUGGGUCUGUUAUGAUACAGCGCGUCAAUGGAAGUUUAGCGGUGUCUCGAGCACUGGGAGACUACGAGUACAAGAAGGUGCUAAACCGCGGUCCGUGCGAGCAGCUCGUGUCACCGGAGCCCGAGGUGUCAGUGCAUGAGCGGUCGGAGUCUGAGGAUGAGUUCCUGGUGCUGGCUUGCGAUGGGGUGUGGGAUGUGAUGACCAACGAGGCACUCUGUGCGUAUGUCCACUCUCUGCUGCAGCUGACAGAUGACCUUGUCGCUAUUACCAACCAAGUCAUAGAUACUUGUCUCUACAAGGGGAGCAAAGACAACAUGAGCAUUGUUCUUGUGGUGUUCCCUGCGGCUCCGAAACCGAGCCUGGAGGCGCAGCGUGCGGAUCGCGAACUGGACGAGACGCUCCGGCAGCGGCUGACAGCACUGAUCGAGCGCAAUGCCAACCGCGAGGACCGCGACGACAUGACGUGCCACUUCUCGUCCGUGCUGAAGCAGCUGGUGGAGGAGGACAUCCCCGGUCUGCCCCCUGGUGGUGGUCUCGCUGCCAAGCAAGCGCUCCUGGACAAGAUCUACAGGGAGUAUUAUCCGGAACACGCGGAUAGCUCUGACACUUUCGACUGCCAGACAGAGCUGGCGGACGCUUUCGGCGCCAACUGAACGCCCCACCCGUGUCGCCCCCCACUAGUGCCUCACCCAACUCUAGAGUGCAGCUCAGCACUAGUGUAGCCUCACUAUUGGUGCCCCGAUCAACAUUAGUGCACGUUCCGCCACUAGGGCCACGCCCACUAGUAGUGGAGCCACUAUUCACUUUCACAACACUAGUAU